AUGGAUCUCAUCAAAACAACCCUCUACGGCUUCCCCAAGCCACCCCCUCGAGUCUGCACCAAGCCCCUCCGAGUCAUCUGCACGGGUCUCCCCCGCUCGGCCACCGAAAGUCUCAGUACCGCGCUUGAGCAACUCGGCUACCAGCCCUACCACGGGUGGGACCUGGUCUUCGACUCCCCCGGCUACAUCCAAGAAUGGGCCGCCCUAGCGCGGCGCAAAUACGACGGCGCCCCGGACGGGGACUUUCACGCCACCGCGGCAGAAUUUGACGCUCUCCUAGGCGAUCACGACGCGGUCCUCGACUCUGUCCCCGCCAUGUUCGCGGCGGAAUUGAUCGAAGCGUACCCGGACGCGAAGGUGGUUAUGAACACACGAAGUGAUCUCGAUGCCUGGCACCAAAGUAUGAUGAAGACUCUCGUGGCAGAGACCGAAGGCAGUUGGAAAACAUGGUUUGUGAGUACAUUUAACGCAGAGAUGUUUUGGUUAUGGGAGGCGUAUUACACGUAUGCCUAUGUGGGGCUGUUUCGGGCGCCGAAAGGGAAGACUGCUUCACGCGGAAUCGAAAAGAAUGGGAAGUGGGUGUAUCGGGAUCACUGUAAUAUGGUCCGGGGCAUGGUGAGCAAGGACCGGCUUUUGGAGUGGUCUGUGGAGGAUGGAUGGGGACCGUUGUGUGAGUUCCUGGGCGAGAAGGUCCCGGAUGAGCCAUUUCCCAAAGGAAACAACCCGGCUGCGUUCAAGAACAAAAUAGCAGAGAAAUUAGGGCCGCGUGUGCGGGGUGCAAUGAUCAAUAUCGCACUCACUGCCACAUCCGUGGGGGUCAUAGGGAUAGUCCUUGGCUUCGCAGUCAAGGAACGGGGCGUGCCCUGGAAGACUAUCGGGGGAGUUUCCAGCGCGAUUGGGAGCGGGUGGGCUGUUUUGACGAAUUUUAGGAACUGA